UGGUCAGUUGUCAACAAUGUGCAGAACGCGUCGACUGCUUGUGGUAGACGCCUACAUGGCAGCUGUAUUUGCAUCGUCGAUAAGAACUGUGUGAAAUAUGUGACGCGUUUGUUGGAUUGACAUCACACGACAGCGCACGGAACCAGUCUAAAACGUGUGAGUCUACUUUGUCAAGUGAGUCUCUCACGGUUUUGCCCAACUCUGCAUCAUGGCUGCCAAGCUAACGCUGCGGCAAAACUGGCGCGAGUGCGCCGCUUGGAAAGCGGAAAACCUGCCGCUCAACACGACGAACGAUCAAGCCUGCAAGUUGUUCGAUGCGGCGCUUACACAGUACGUAGGCUGGUACGACGACCCGACCCUUGGCGGGCUGUCUGGGACGCUGGAAAGUCUAAAAAAAACGGACCCACACUUCACCAUGGGUCAGGUACUGAACGUCGGCCUGACACUUAUCGGCUCCGGAGACAACGUUGUCAAAAACGCGAACCUAUCCGGUGACCUCGACGUCCUGGACUCGAUCGCGAGCCAAGGUCGACUGCCGCACCGCGAGCAACUUCACGUGGACGCCGUGCUUGCCUGGUCCCGGGGCCGGCUGUCGCGCGCCGCGUCGCUCUGGGAGGACAUCCUCAUCGACAACCCGACCGACAUGCUGGCUCUGAAGUUCGCUCACGACACCUACUUCUACUUGGGCUACCAGCGCCAGAUGCGUGACUCCGUAGCGCGUGUGCUACCGCACUGGAAGCCGUCCAUGCCUCUAUACUCGUACCUGCACGGCAUGCUCGCCUUCGGCCUGUGCGAGACGAACCUGUACGACCAGGCGCGAAAGGCGGGCGAAGAGGCGCUCCGGCUCAACCGCAACGACGCGUGGGCCACGCACGCGCUGGCGCACGUGCACGAGAUGCAGGCGGACCCGGACGGCGGCAUCGCCUUCUUGAGCCGCACGCUGGCCGACUGGGAGCCGUGCGGCAUGCUGGCCUGCCACAACUUCUGGCAUUGGGCCGUCUACCACGUCGAGAAGGGUGAGGUCGAAGCGGCGAUCGACAUCUUCGACGGGCAGGUCUCGAAGCGUCUGCGCGACUCUGGCGCCAUGCUGGACUACGUGGACGCCGCCUCGCUCCUGUACCGGCUGCAGCUGCGCGAAGUGCCGAAGCAGAAGCUGGCAUCGCGCUGGCCGGGCGUAUUCGACGUGGCGCAGGCGCACUACGACGACCGCGUGCUGGCCUUCAACCAGCUGCACUUCCUGAUGGCCUUCCUGGGUGUCGGCGACGACGGCACGCAGCUCGUCGACCUGCAGCCGCAGCGAGACCUCGGGCGGCGCGAGGACGGUGGCUGGCCCGCCGACCAGCAGCGCAUCCUGGCCGAAGUGGGCCUUCCCGUGAUGCAAGCAAUGGUGGCUCACAACCAGGGCCGUUUCGACGACGCGGCCGAGAAGCUGUCCGCCGUGCGGUACGAUCUGUUGCGCAUAGGCGGAAGCAACGCGCAGCGCGACGUCUUCGACCUGCUGCUCAUCGACGCGGCCAUCAGGUCCGAGCGCCACACCCGUCUGGCUGAGGCACUGCUCGCCGAACGCAGCCUGCUCCGGCCCAAAUCGCCCAUGCUCAAGAGCCUGAACGAGGCCCUGGCCAAGCGCUGCAGCCAUAACGCUAAGAAGCCCGCGGGCGUUGAUGCGUUUGUCUGAACGUAUACCCUGCGCACUGAGGGUACUGGAAUGGCCUGCUGAGGAGAGACUACGGUGGAACAGACUUUGAACGCUUCCGUAUUCAACAAAGGAGAAACUGGGCUGGAAGUUUGCUCGGGACACUUUAGUCGUGUUAGAAAAUGUUUCUUUCUUUCUUUCUUCCUUUCUUUCGUUCUUUCUUUCUUUCUUUCUUUCUUUCUUUCUUUCUUUCUUUCUUUCUUUCUUUCUUUCUUUCUUUAACACUGUAUGCGAACCAGAACGUGCACUCGGUGAUAUUUUUUAUGUCUAUAGCGAAGCUUUUUUAUUUAUGCAAGCACAUUCGCGAAUGUGCUCCGUCCUUGCACCGUCGUUCAUAUGUAACAUUCCACUGCAGGAGUAAGACAGUCCUUAAGCGAAAAACAUGAUCGCCAGACGCUCGGAGAUGUAAACCAGCAGGUACCUUGAGAUCGGACUUUUUCUUUAAUGCUUUAAAUGAAACACAUGAUGUAUCACGAAGACUGCGCUCGCUUAAUGGCUUAUGCCCACAACCUACUGCGGUAAGCCCUCCGCGCUGCAGCACGCGGGCGUGCGCUCAGAUUGCUCAGAUGCUCAAUGUCGGUACUCCGGCUAAGUUCACGGGACGGCCACAAGUGUCACGUGAACGAGCUGUGGCAGUAGGUACCCAGGUGGGCUCGUUUCGACGCGUGAAGCCAACGCACUCAGGCCGCUCACUGCGCGCCUAAACGAUUGCGCAAGUUGGCAACAGCCGCUGUAUGGACGCAAUCAUAAAUCGGGGCGCUGUUCGCGGCCUUUUCCGUACAAAAGUGUUGGAACACAAUAAAUAUUCACACAGACUCCGGUGUCUCUUGUCCGGUGGUUUUUGUGUCCUCUGUAGAUUACAACCUAUAAGUUCAGAAGCGUUCUUUGUAGGAUUUGAAUCUUAUUAGGUUUCUGCUGUGAUUACAUACUACGUUAGGGCCCCUGAAA